AUGGCGACUUACACCAACAGCUGGAAGAACAAGGCGCUGCUGGGAUGGUUCAUGCUCCAACUGCCCAUUAUUCUCUUCAUGGACCUGCUCGACUACAUCUGGCCGGCGUGGGUGUACCAGCCCGAGGGCGCGCCGCUGCACGCAGCCUACAAGGUCAAAGAAUGGUACAUCGGCAAGUACAACGACCCGAUCGUGCAGUGGACGGCCGAGACGGCGUCGGGCCACGACAGCUGGAUGGGCUUGUUUAUGCACCUCGAGUUUCUCUUCCUGCUGCCGACUGUUGCAUACGGCAUCUACCGGCUGGGAGUGCAGCGCCGGGGCACAUCGGGCGCAGACGAGCUGCUAUUUCUCUUGUAUGCGCUCGAGAUGGCCUUGACCACGCUCAUCUGCAUCUACGAUGUUUCGUACUGGGAUGCGGCCGCGUAUUCGACGGCGCUGAAGCGCGAGCUGCAAGUUCAGCUCUACGGGCCGUGGUGUGUUAUCCCGGCUCUUAUUGGCCUCGACAUGGCGACGCGGAUUCUGCGCCGUAUCAAGGCCGCCGAUGCUGUCGGAGCGGUCAGAAAGUCGCUGUAG